AUGUUGUUCGGUUUGAGCCUUUUUGGUAACUUGCUCCAGGGACAUUUGCCAGCAGAAAUUGGAUCACCGAGAAAUCUGGAGUAUCUAGAUUUAUCAUCAAACAACCUAACUGGGCAGAUACCAGGAUCAAUUCAGCACUGUUUGAAGCUUCACUUCCUAAAAUUGAGCCAUAAUCACUUCAAUGGUACAAUUCCUAAUGAACUAGGGAUGUUGGUAAACCUACAUGAUUUGUUGGAUCUAAGUGAAAAUUCAAUUGAUAGUGCUAUUCCAAGUCAACUAGGUGGUCUUACUAUGCUGGAAGCCUUGAAUCUUUCUCACAAUGCACUGAACGACAGCAUUCCACCAUCAUUUCAGAGCAUCAACAACCUCCUAUACAUGGAUAUGUCAUACAAAAAAUUAGAAGGGUCAGUGCCACAUACUAGGUUCUUUGAAGCGGCUCCAAUCAAAUGGUUCAGGCCUAAUAAGAAAUUGUGUGGUGUUGUAAAAGGUUUGCCCCCUUGUGAUCUUCCUCGAAGUAGUGAACGAGGGAAAAAUUCUGGAGCUAUAUUACUCUCUAUAAUAGCCUAUAUUGCAUCUUUUGUGUUUGUCAUUGCACUGGUAACAUGGCAGUGCAAAAAGAAGAAAAUCAAGACAAAAACUAUAGAUGGGUCACAACAAACUAAGAUGUUCGCCAUCUGGAAUUAUGACGGGAAGAAUGUGUACAAGAAAAUAGUUGAUGUCACAAACAAUUUCAACAAUGCUCAUUGCAUUGGAUCUGGAGGGAGUGGAUCAGUCUACCGAGUCCAGUUACCAACAGGUGAAUUGUUUGCAGUGCAAAAGAUCCAUAUGCUUGAAGAUAAUGAGCAAUUUAGCCAUGAAAUAUGUGCAUUGAUAAAUAUUCGACACCGCAACAUUUCCAAGUUAUUUGGUUGCUGCUCUGCAACCCAAGGAAGAUUUCUUGUGUAUGAAUACAUGGAUAGGGGAAGCUUAUCAAAAUAUUUGGAGUGUACAGAAACUGCAGUUGAAUUGGAUUGGCCGAGGAGGUUAAAUAUUGUUUGGGAGGUUGCUCAUGCUUUGUCUUACAUGCAUCAUGACUGCUUCACACCGAUAGUCCACCGAGAUAUAACAAGCAACAAUGUUUUGCUUGACCUGGAAUAUAUAGCCGCAUCUCAGAUUUUGGUCUAG